AUUGCAUGACUCUAGUGGCUGUCAGGAAGUUGCUCGCGCAGCUAUAGCCAAGUUAGCACAGAGAACAGUGCGCCACGGGAUGUAAGGAAUUCUAGAAAAUUAAUAUGGAGUUAGCAUGCAGAGCUUUACAAGUGGAGAAUCUUCUGCUUGAACGAAAGUAUGAGGACAUUGCAUUUCACCUUACUUAUUUUGAAACUUAUGAUGUCACUUUGGAAAUUCUACAACAAACAGACAUUGUCAGCGUUAUCUAUAGAGUUCUUAAGAGCUGCCCACAAGGAGACCUGAGAGGGAGAACGAAGUGCCUACUAUCUAAAUGGAAAACUUUGUAUAAAAAAGGCUGUGUUAAAACCAGUACCUUAAACAAUGAGCGUCCUAUGUGUAAAGACAAUAGAAUUUCUGAAAAAGUUGCCAUAAGCUGUAGAGACCCACUUCAGCAGAAUGAUCAAAGAAUACUUGAUGUUGGAAUUCCAAGUAUUUCAAUGUCUUCUAAUGAAGAGUACUUGAAUAAGGAGUCUAGUACACAUGAACCUUGCUGUAAUCACCCCAAGUUUGCUGUGAAUCUCUGUCAAGAGAAAAUAGCUGUUGAAGAUAGUGCUCUAAGGACUACAUCUACAGCUCUUCUGUGCCGAGCCCUAACAGAAAAUAUAGAGUGCCAAGAGAAAGCACAGCACUUGGCAGAGGAGAUAGAGAAAUACAUAUUUUCUCUUCAUUCUGGGAAUGACAAAAAAUAUAGAAACUGCAUCAGAAGUAAAGUAUCUAAUUUAAAGAAUCCCCAAAAUAAGCAUCUUAGAAGCCAACUUUUCUCAGGAGAUUUAAGCCCCAUGAGAUUUGCUCAGAUGAGUUCAAUGGAAAUGGCUAGUCAAGAGCUUAGGAAACUUCGAGCUAGAUACACAGAGGCAGGCAUACAGGAACACCAGCUUCCUCAGAGUGCUGAUGGAGUCCAGACUAAUAAAAUUAAAUGUCAGAAGUGUGAGAAUUUUAACUGCACAGUAACUAUGAUUUCCAGAGGGACUUUGUUUCUACCUGGUUGGGUGCGCACUGGAAAUCCAGAUGAAGAAAUGAUGACAUUUGUUGUAUGUAGUACAUGUGGUGAAAAAUGGUACCACGAUAAAUGGAUUUGUCUGUGAGCCCGGUUAUAUACAGGUUACUAAAAUUUGUUGCUAUGAUCAACGGAGGAGGGAAGGAUGUUAAAAAAAAUAAACUAACAAGAAACCUUUUAUAA